GAGCAACAGAUCACGGACAGGUUUGGCACUGUCAGCAUUGGAGGAACAAGCUCUCAGAAGUUGGUCUUACGGAAUAAUUGCACCACCCAAACACUUUCAUUGACCUUGGGGAAUUAGUGGCACUAAAAGCCUUCCAGGUUGGUGUUCUGGGCAGCAACAAAGGCCAGAGCAGAAUGGAUGUGGUACUCAAACCCUGCCAAGAAUUUGCAUUGUCUUUGUUCCUGUGUCCUACAGCAAUUGAACCAUUAAGUGGAACUCUUGUAUGCAAAUUUCGUGGUGUGGUCAACCUCCACAAAUGUAAGAUUCCACUACAAGGAUAUGGAGGAAAGAGUGAGUUGAUGAUUCCUGACAGCUGUGAUGGCAAGCCUCUCACUGUACGAGAGUUGGCACCAGGGUUGCCAGCCAUACUCCAAACUGCAUUUCUGAAUAAAGGAGACAGAGCUAUGUUUUUAAAACUACAAUUAUUUACAGAUGACCAGUGUUCAGAGCUAUUGUCUUUAAGUGACAUCACAAUACAACCUUCAGAGUUUAUUUUAGCACCUAGAGAAAACAGGGAUGUAUUCAUUGUGGUAAAUGGAACAGCUAACAUUUUGGCCAAAACUCCUGGUUGUCUGGGAGUACUGCAAGUUAUAUCCGGGGACGAGAUUCUGCGACGAAGGUUCCGUAGUUCCUUUGCCAGACUCCAGAACAAAGAAGUGAAGGUACGACGCAUCAAUGAUCCAGAUCUGCUGAAGAUCAACUGGGGUGUUGCAUAUAGUAGGGAGAAGGAAGUGCAGGUUGAAGAUGACUGUCUCCCUCCACAACCAGAAGAUUCUGUGAACUUCUUCAAUUCAUGUUCUAAGAUCCAGGUUCAGUUAUAUGGAGAGCGCCAAACAAAUGAUGACGCUUCAAGUACUGUGUUUGCUUGUUUGGAAACUGAGGACACUAUUGGCUCAAUGGCAGACAUCACUGCUGCCAAUGACAAGAUAACAGAAGUCCAUUCCCCACCUGUUCAGGGAUCUGUGUUCCACCUUCCCCACAAGUCACAACCAGCUGCCAAUAUAGAGACAGGGAGAACCAUUACCUGGGAUGUGUUUCCCCAAACUUUAUCUGUUCCAGCGUCUGACAUGUCAACACUGGUAUUUUUCGUCGUCAAUUUCAGUGAAGUCCAACAGAUGUUUGAGGUUUCAUCUGACUGUAGAUGGCUGGACAUUGAGCCUAGGGAAGCCAUACUGCUAAGCUUGAGUUCCGUCAAAGUGUGUGUCAAACUAUCACCUUCUCGUAUGCCUCAGUCAAUUGUCGCACCUCUAACACAGUCUCUUAAGAUUAUGUGUGAGAAUGAGAGCCGGUGUGCAAAAAUUACUGUCCUUCCUACUGGAGGUGGUGAUGAGGAUCUCCAGCCUCAGGCAGUCCCAUCUCUACAGUCCCAAGCUGCACCUCAUCCCCCAACACUGCCUAAGUCAACUACUGGUAACCUAUUCCACAUGAAGGAGGCAUCAACUGAUCCUCAAGGUCAUGAAAUUAAAGCACUUGCUGUGAAAUAUAAUAGCAUGCCAACAGCAAGCAAAACUAGCCAAAAAGUGAGUGGUGACAGUGAUUUGAACCUCAUGGAUAGUGCCAAGAGUCUAGUGGAAGUGGUAUCAGAUAAUGUUAUUUUCCCAAAUACUUCUACAAUGAAAGAAAAUUAUGUAAAAGUGAAGCUGAGAAACCUUGAUGGUGUUAUUCAUACUGUGAAAGCAGAAAUCUCCCAGGGUCCUUUUACAGUCCGUCACACACAGUUCAGGAUUAAGUCUGGCCAUUAUGUAAGUGUUCCUGUUUACUUCAGGCCUCAAACAACAGGACUCUUUUCUUGCCAUCUUAAGUUGACUGUCCUGGAGGAUAAGAAAGUCCUCACAGUUCAACUUUCUGGAAGAGCAGUUCAUUGAAAUUCACCACUUCUUUAUUAGGUAUAUAUUAAGAUAUCCAUUAAAGUAUAUUUUUUGCAUCCAGAAACUCUUGUAAUGGUGUAUCUUAUGUAGUGAGACUUGGGAUUUACACCAAGUCGUAUCUCAAAAAUUUUAUAAUUCCUGUAAAUCUGUGAUAAUUUUCUUACUGUUUAUAAGGAUAGUGUACAAGUUUGGCUGCUUACUAUUUUUGUCAGCUGUGCUUAAUAAUUAUUUAUAGGAUAGUAACAUUUAAGUGUUAGUGAGGUUAUCGGAUGCAUUUAAAGGGGUACAUACUUUCUUGUAGCCUAAUAUUUUGGGGAUUUACUUUAUGAAAGGUUUUCACUGAACAGUAGAACCUCAUUGUUUCAUUGUAUCUUAUCAAACACUGCUUUAAUACCUCCCCAAUUCUCUGGGGAGGUAUUAAAGCAGUGUUGAGAUAAGAUACAGGCUCAUAGAUGAAGCAGAAAGACCAGCAUAUAAGCCAGUAGCUGUUAAGUCAUAAUAUUGCGAUAUUUUAUUAAAUCUUUUAUUUCAGUCACCAGGACUGUAGUUUUAAAUACAUUUAUAAAAUGAAAGUUAAGCUGUCUGUUACAGUAGUUGAUCUUGAUAUCGUAUGUGAGCAGAACAGAGGGGGAAAUGAUCUGACACAUUAGAUAUUUAAUGUGGUAGCAGUAAUUUUGUAGCCCAGUUACUGUUUUACAUUAAUUCUCAGAUUUUUGUAUUUCCUAUCUUGUUUUAAUUACCCCUCAUUGAUAUCUGUCCUCAUCUUUCCCAGGUUCUUUAUUUUCCCCGUCAAUACAUUUGCAGAGUUAAAAUUCUUUUUUCAAAAUUAAUUAAAUUUCCAAGCUAAAUAACAUUAAUUUUUGAAAGCCAAACAAAGCAGCAUAAUUUUUGAGGAUAUGUUUCUGUAAUUGGAGCUUAUUUUCAGUGCAUGAAAGUAUUGGAAUCUUAUAACUACUGAAUUACAGAUGGUAAUUCAAAUUGUUUUAAAAAGUUUCUGCAAGUUUCCACUUUGCUUUAUUUAAUUAAAAGAAAUUGCAGCUUGUAAUGGCAAGAUCAACAUAUAGCAUCUGUGUGAAGGAAUGAGUUUCUGCUGAUUAUUUUUGUUUCAAAACACUACAAUUUUGUAAUAUACUGUAGUGUAAAUUUUUAGAAUUUUAAAAGCGUUAACCCUUGAGCCCCAAUCCCAUUUUCAGUUCACUAACCAUUUUUGUGUUGAAUAUUAUGGAUUUAAUAAAUUAUAAAUGCUUA